CGGAGCCGCGAUGGAGAAGCCGCGGCGGGCGGUGGUGGUGACGGGGUUUGGUCCGUUUGGAGAGCACGCUGUUAACGCCAGUUGGAUUGCAGUUCAGGAGUUGGAGAAGCUAGGACUGCGAGAUGACGUGGAUCUGCAUGUCUAUGAAGUCCCAGUUGAAUACCAGACAGUGCAAAGACUCAUUCCUGCAUUAUGGAAAAAACACAGUCCACAAUUGGUGGUUCAUGUGGGUGUUUCGGGUAUGGCUACGACUGUAACUCUGGAGAAGUGUGGCCAUAACGUAGGUUAUAAAGGCUUAGACAACUGCCGUUUCUGCCCGGGCUCUCAGUGUUGUGUUGAAGGUGGCCCAGAAUGCAUCGAUUCCAUUAUCGACAUGGACACUGUUUGCAAGAGAGUCUCAGCGUUGGGGCUGGAUGUGACUGUCACCAUAUCUAAGGACGCCGGCAGAUACCUCUGUGACUUCACUUACUACACUUCCUUAUACCAGAGCCGUGGGAGGUCAGCUUUUGUUCAUGUGCCUCCGCUGGGAAAACCAUAUACCGCAGAACAGCUGGGUCGGGCGCUACAGGCUAUAAUAGAAGAAAUGCUUGAUGUUUUGGAGCAUUCUGAAGACAAAAUCAAUUGUCAGCAUGAACACUGAAAGUGGGCAGAAGCUAUCUUAGUAUUGCACUUCCAAAAUUUUCCCUGCUACUGAAGUAACUGGGGAAAACGGUCUGAAACGUACAGACCCAGAAUUGGAGACUUCAAAAAGGAAAAUUCCACUUCUAGAAAUUGACCUUUUUUUUUUUUUUUUUUUUUUUUUUUUUUGUGUGAAUUUCAGCCUAGGCAACAAAGGAUUCAAAAUCUCUUCUUUAAAACACCUGCAACUACUCAUUUCUGAAGUGACUGAAGUGUGUGUGCUGUGCUUUAUCCAGAGCUUAUCUGUCAGCCAAGUGACAGCUACUGACCAGUCUAAUACAGCGCAGAUGGAAAAUUUCUCCUCUGGACUUGACGUUCAGGUGCAGGGAAUUGAUAACCCAGUCUUCUAAUGACUAGUUCUUAAGUUGAAAGGUUUGCUUUCGUUUUGUUUCGGGUUUUGGUUUUUUUUUUUUCCCCCUCUUUGGCCCCAAUUAUAGGUUACAGCAUAAAAGUACAGCUGAAAAGAGUUGGAAUGGUGUGGGUUUGUCUGUCGUAAAACGGCGCUUGAUGGAGACGAGGAGUCUUUGAAAUUGCUUUGCUGAAAUGGAAAAAUAUUUUAGGCACCGAUUUCUCACCCCACGUUGUCCAGAUUUUCGUCGGGUCCUCUGUUAUGUACUGGUUAACUGGUAGCUGCAGAUAGAAGGGAUGUGUUUUGGGUUCCUUUUGUUGUGGAGCAGGAGAUACCUUUUUUUUUUUUUUUAAAUUUUAAUUUUUUGAUUUUGUAAACAGUAUGAGCUGAACUUGCGCCAAAUAUUUCCAAAUGUCUUUUUUUAUUACGCUCUCGAUGCCACCUUCCUCACUCAAGUCAACCAUAUACCUCCUGUACAAAACACAUUGUUUCAUAUGUGUAUAAAACAAAUCAUUAGCGGUUAAAUAGCUUUGCUAAAGGCCACUUUCUCCGCAGGAGAUCUUUAUCCUAGACUCUUGGUGCUAGCUGUUAUUUUUAAGGUGAAGGUUGAGUAAUUUAUAACUUCCUCAGUUAUAAAUUUUCAUUCUUGUUAAAGGUUAGGAGAGUAAUGUUUAACUUAAAUUCCAAGUUGCCACCUUGAUUUAUUAUAGGCAUAAAUAUGCAAACGUGCGGAUUCAAAGACAUUCUGCCAGAUCAAAUCUAAAAUCUUAAGCCUAUUCCCACUGUCUGUAAACCAGAGGCAAUUAUUUGAAAACUAGAAAUUUUGCUUACAAUGAGUAUUCCGGGCUGUUUAUUACUGUCCCCCUCCCAAUGGGAGGGUACAAAGUGCUGCUUCUUGUGUGAACUUUCCCAGUAAUUAGCGUGGGGAAGUGUACACGCAGGUUCUAAGCGGGAAUUUAAAAGUGGUUGACGCUAGUCGUGCGUGUAGAUUUGCUUCUAAAUUACAAAACUCCACCAAAAGACGGAGGGUGUUACAGUGGGAACAGACACAAAAUUCGUAAUCGAUGACCAGUAGGUCUCAUUGAGGGGCCAUUUAAAUGAAGAAGUCUGUCAUUGGGUUCUUUUACGAAUAUAUAUAUAUAUAUCUAUAUCUAUUAAAAAAACCCCACCACAUUUUGAACCGUUUUAAAAUACCAUUAUUUAACUUUUUCUAAUGAUGAAUGAUUCUGCUAUAGUAUCUCUCAGUGAGAGCUGCCAUUAACUUGCUGUUUUCCAGUAGAAGUCUCGUGACAAAGGAAAUACCACUUCUUGUAACCCUCGAGAGAGGAGGAAGACUUCUGCAGUUGUAGUAACUUUACUAAGGGGACCUGUUUAUGAAGAUGUUUGGAUAAACUUCUGGUUUACCGAGGAAAUUACCACUGUAUUUACUCUGCAGGCUUUCCUGAUCAAAAGAGUUUGCCUUCAAAGUAAAUAUUCUCUUUUGCAUUCAGAUACGAAGUAGCACUUGUCAGAUUGUCAGCAGGCAGGCGGGCUUUCUGAUUAGUAAUUUAUUAUAUUUAAAUAUUUUGUUUAAAUAUUCGUGGUUUGACACAUUUCUGCAAAUAGUUGAGCUACCUGUAGGUUUAUUCCUUUAUCUGGUAAGUUUUUGUCAUCGGUGUAUCUUAGCUGCUAAAAGAGGAGUAAUUCAUGUAUUCUGCUAAGUUCAGCCAAUUGAUUUAAGUCAUUUUCAGUAAUGCUAUUUAAUUUACGUGUAACAUAGUUGUGAAUACAACGGGAGUGGAAGAUCAGCGGUGUAGUGAGGCGAUAACAAAGUAAACAAUGGUGGCGUGGAAGCAGCCGUGGGAAGGGCUGGUGGGUGCUGUGGGGAAGGUCUGGCCGUGGGUGCUGUGGGGAGGAUCUGUCCGUGGGUGCAGUGGGGAGGGUCUGGCCGUGGCCAUCCCUCUCCUGGAGCAGAGCGGGUGGAGCAGGUCACUGCCCGGGCUCUGUUAGUGAGACGGGUCUCAGCGAGCCGUGCCCUGUCCGUCCCUCUCUGUCCAACGUUUGCGCUUCCUUCGAGCGGAGCAGCAGCCCUGGAGAUGCCCCCGAUGUGGCUCCAAAUCCCUCGGCAGGGAGGGCAGCCAGCGGCGGCGGCGCGGGGAGAGCAGUUUUCCACGCUGGUUUAUUCAGCCUGGGGAGUUCUGUCCCGUUCGACACCUAGAGAUGUUCAUUCCUGGGUGCUCCCUGAUGCCCAGGGGGAAAAUCUUGAGCUGAUUUCCACGACUGCUGUUUGUCCAAGGACUGCAGUGGUUGACCUUCUCUGUCAGUGUGAAAAAUCUCAUUUUUUGGAAGUACUUUGCUUUUGGGUGUUGCUUUGAGCGGUGCGUUCCCUCAUAAUCUUGUUUUUGUGAAGCUUCCGUGUGAUCAGUUUAUUAGAAAACAUAAUUUAUUUUAUAACUUUUGGGGGUUUUUGAGAAUUAGUCCUCAGAGCUUGUAAAGGGUGUCUUGGUGGUAGAGAAAUUUUGUAUAGUGAAACUUUAAAAAAUGGCAUUAAACUAAUUUUAUUUAAUCUGACCUAAAUUAAAUACGUUUGGUUUUUUGAAAGGUUUUUUUUUUGUUAAAUCCAUUCAUUCAUAAUGCCUUUUCUAUAGGUUUCCAUUUUCUUUGGAAAUAGGACGUCGAACUAAUGCAGAGCUUCAAAAAGCUGAUGUUUUGUGUAAUUCCGACUAUUUACUUUCUCUUCCAGAUCCUCAAUAAAUAGAAUUUGCUAAUUUGCACUGACUGGGAGACCUGUUGCCAACCACAAAAAAUAUUGUGCUAGCGAGCAAGCGUAGGAAGUUCAGGUUCAGUAUUAAUUACUGUGCUUGCAAUUUGUAAAAUGUAAAAGCUGGUAAAUUUUUUUUAGAAUCCUGUGAUUGCAGAAUUGUCUCUGGGGAGACGAUUCACGGGGAAAUGGGGGUGAGAGUAUUUUGUGUGGAAGAGAGAAUUAGGGAGGUUCCACUGUAUUGGGUCUGAUGUCAUUUUAGCUACUUGCUGGCAGCUUGGGGUAGGAACUGGCUAACGUGUUGGUGAAGUUCGGUGAUGACAAUUUAAUUGUUUCAGUUAUUAAAUGCUGCGGAGGAUUUUUGAGGAACUCCAGGUACUCGUGAACUCCUUCAUGAUUUGAUGACGCUGAUGUCAGGAGAUAUUUCCUUUGAAUUAAACGUGGUAAUUACUCUGUAAAACACGGCAAAAAGCAACUGUGAGCUUUGACAGUUUCUUUACCUUAAAGACUUGUGAGGGACUUGAUGAUCCUUGUGGGUUCCCUUUGAACUUGAGAUAUUCUGUGGUGUGGUUGGAGGUAAACACCCACUCUCCAGAAGCUGGCUGUACUUUUUUUGAGCAGCUUUUGGAAAGGAUUUCCAAACCCUUAAGAUGGUAGGGGAGCAGUUCACGCUUACCUGGAGUGUUCCCCAACCUGAUUGCUUCCUCCUAAACGUGGUAGUAGUGGGAAAGGAUGAAAAAGUCAUGAAGAUGGUCAGAGGUGUUGAGUGUGGUUGUGACAUGAGAGACUGCAGCCAAGAACUGCUGAGCUUCAGGAGUCCUUCCAGGGAGGACCUGACUGAGGGUGUUUCAAAGUUUAAAGACUUCAUGAAAACCAAGCAGUUGCUCUGCCUUCACCCUGGAGAGGAGGGAAGUUCAAAGGCAAGGCGUCUAGAGUAAAUUUGAGAUAAACACUUUGUGACUGGCUCCUUGCAGAAACGGAGAAGGCGUUUGCGUGCAGCGCCGCGUUGUGAAGCGUAGCCUGAUGCGUUGGGUCCUGCCUGCUGCCCGCAGCAGAAAAACAGACUCGUUGAACCAGGGCUCUGAUCCAACACGUCAACUUCUCUUUGUCUCCGUAGGGUUUGCACUGCACGUACUGUGGUAAGUCAGGUAGGAAACUCUACUAUUUGUAUUUACUUACCUAGACAGUCACGCUUAGAUGUAGCAUUCAAACUCCGGUGUGUCUCUCGCUGCUCUGCCGGUUGUGCAGGCAAUAUUUAACCUUUUAGUGCCUCAGUCAGCUGGCAAAGGGGAUUAUUCCAGGCCACUGUCAGGCAGCGCCGUGCCUGGGAUAAAAGUCCAGGAGCUUCCAGGCCUGCAGACUCGCAAAGGGACAGCACAGACUCCCAGUGUUGUUAUUUUUGUUCGUGGAAAAGUCUAAAAAAAUUAUAAUCCGCUUGAAGUUCUAAUAAAUAAUCUUCGUUUGAUUGUGUGAUUCGUUGACCUCGCAUGCAGGCUUUCUGAUGAAAUGUAUAACAGGAAUUGCAGUAGGAGGAGCUUCUCAAAACCAAAAAUGGGAAAAACCACAUAAAUAAAGGAGUUGAGCUGGUAAUUCCCCGCUAACACAAGAGCUGGCGGUGGGCUAAAGCAGCAGUUAUGGUCUGACCGUGUUACUUCAUGCGUUAACUCGUGACUCGUGCAUCUUUUCUAACUUCUAGUGUGUUUCUAACUCUCUAACCACGCAGCUGAUGCUCAGACACUAAAGCUACUUUAAGAGUGAGUGGUGGUGUUUGACAGCUGACUGGAAACCGGUAUGUUUAGAAGUAGAAAGUACACUUGUGGGGGGUUUGUUGUUGUGUUGGUUUUUGGGGUUUUUUUUAAUUAUGAUUUUCAGAUUUCAUCCCACAGUGCAGAUAAUAAAAUUGUCGGCAGUUAAUUUGUACAUACUUUCAUAAAGUAACUUUGUUCCUCUUGUCUCCUUUACUUUAGUAGGCUAUCCAAUAAUAUUUUAACGAGAGAAAUUUCAGAGUUGUGAAGGCUUUCUUUCAAACUGCAUCUGUUGGCUUGGAUAAAAUACCCCUAGUUGAUACCAUAACUACACAUCUUGACGUAGAUGGAUUUGUUAUUUUUGCACCAGAAACCCUGAUGUUUUGCAGUAAAAAGUGCACUUUUUCUUAAAAAAAAAAAAAAUUUGUAUUCAUGUCUGAUUAGUGUCUUAUGUGAUGAAAGUGGUAUUCUGCCAAACCUCCAAAGCUGAGGAUAUUGUUAAUUCUUCAUCGUAUUAAUUGAAACCUGAGAUCUGCUUCUGCUCAGUCUUAUUUUAAGACAAAGUAGAGAAGAAAAUGCUUCCCCAUAGAUAGGAAUUUAAAUAUAGGAAACGAAACUAUACACUGCCCUUAAAUAAAACUCUGUGCUACUUAAAUACACGUUCAGGUUUUCUAUUGCACCAGCUUCUUAAAUCGCAAAUGUUUACUUUGAUUAAACAGGGAGUGCCUUGUCCUGUGCUGGGCUCACGUUUGGAAGGCAGAGUGGUGGUGAUGGGGACAGAUGAGCCCUUUGCACAUAAGGUGGGUGGAAAGACGGGGCUUUUCGGCACUGGGAGAAACUGCUGAACUUGUUUGGUGUCCCCUUUAUCCAAGGAUGCUCUUCAGAAACUGAAUUGAGUUCUCGAGGUUUUCUGACACACACUCGGACCUGACGAAGGAAAAAAACAAAAACAGUUUUUGCUGCUUCGUUGUCACUCUCGGUUAGGUUGGCCAAAUUUGUGAAGGUUUUUCCGUCUCUUCUUUAAGGUUAAGUGUUUCGUUCAGACUCUGUUAUGCAUGUUAGAGCAUCACUCAGCCUCUCGGGUCCUCUGUUCGUUAAUUGUGGUGAAAUAAACAGUUGUCUGUCUGGGUAUCUCAGGUGUUGCCAAUCUCAUGCUUAUCAGGACCCUUGGAGCUACAAUUCUAAAUCUGUUGGGGCUUCUGUUUUUCUCAGUGUGUUCUUGCAGUGCCUUGUAAAACCAAACAAUCUAGUGUGUCACAAAAGGGCUGUGUAAUAAAGAACCGUUAACAUACUUUCAGCUUGCUAUUGCUAGACUGGACUUUGUAACUGAAAAUUUAAACUGAUGUUUGAAAGUAAAUAAAGAGUUUAACUCUG